UUUUUUUUUUUUUUUUGUGGUUUCUCAGACUAGAAUGGCCAAUGCUGCCGUUGCGUGUGUCUUGUUUGAUCUCGACGGGACGCUUCUCGACACUGAGCCGCUCUCUGACAUUGCCAUGCAGGGUGUGCUAGAUCGCUUUGGCAAGACGAUGUCCUGGGAGCUCAAGCGCAAGAUCCUGGGACUCAAGGGCAGCGACUGGUCUGUGAUUGUCGUGGAUCACUUUGGCCUGCACGGACUGAUCGAGCCGGCCGCCAUCGUCGAUGGCUGGGAGACCAACUUUAAGCAGCUCUACAGCCGAGCGCAGAAGCUGCCUGGCGCCGACCGCAUCACUGCGCACCUGGCGCAGCUGGGAAUACCCAUGGCCAUCUGCACGUCGUCCAACAGCGCGGCGGUCGAGCUCAAGCGCGCUGCUCACCCGGAAAUGUUCGCCCGCUGCACGCUCGUCGUCACUGGAGACGAUCCUGAACUCAAGAACGGCAAGCCAUCGCCAGAUAUCUUCCUACUCGCUGCAAAGAGACUUGGCAUGCGGCCAGAGCAAUGUCUUGUGUUCGAGGACGCACUCUCUGGUUGCCAAGCGGGUGUUGCGGCAGGGAUGCGAACAAUCGUCAUUCCAGAUACGCGGCUCGACAGGCAACCCUUCGAGAUUGCGACAGAGAUUCUCACGUCGCUGGAAAGUUUCCAGCCAGCUGUUUACGGUUUGGCGCCGUUCUCGGGUUGAGAUACUGUACAUUAUUUAAAAAAGAGCUUGGAAACCACGCUAUUAUUUCGGAAUCUCUUUCGCUGUAUUUCCCUUCAUGUACAAUGUAAAACCAAGUUUCUCGAGAA